CAAAUCUUUAGGUUGCAUGUUAAUCGAAAGGAAACAUUAAAUUACCAAUUCAAUUGCACAACCACUACUUGCAUUAAUCCCACUUAUAUCAGUCCUAUCCUCAUAGUCAGUCCCUAUUCAAUAAUAGAUCUUGAUUUGAAUAUUAAUAGGUUAUCAAAAAAAGAGCAUCACCACAGAGAUUCAAACAAUUUAAUUCCUUUUCUCAUAUUGCUACUGCUGCAAGACUACUUCAACAACGUAGAAUAAUAAUGCGAAGAAUUCCAAGAACACCUUCUUCAUCAUCGAAUAAUAAUCAACACAAUUUACCAGUGAUUGUUAUUGAUGAUUCCACUGAUGAGGAUACAAGUAUUUUACUUCCAGAAACUCCACCAAGAAGAGUUGUCGAACAACAGCAACGACAACGGGAAAAUCUACCUAUUGCUGUCUCUGAUGAUGAAACAACUCUGAAUCCCUUCUCUCCAGGAGGUUCACCUUUAUAUGCACCUUCUUCACCACAACUUCCUCUCAAUUCUUUGGAUUGGUCAGAUUCAGAAGACUCCUCCGAAUAUGAAUCAUCAUCUGAUGAAGAUGAAACACCAAACCACAAUAAUAUUGAUGACUUUCUUGAUAGAUUAACAAGAGAAGAAGAAAGAGAAAGAGUCACCACUCACCAAACUCACCCACCAGUUGUACAAUACCCUUCAGUAGUGAAUAGUAAUAAUAAUUAUAAUAAUUAUAAUUAUUUACAAUCACGACUGAUCAAUAAUACUAACAGUAAUAAUAAUAUCAACUUGACUCUUCCCUUCGUGAAUAACAAUAAUAAUAGUAGUAAUAAUAGUAGUAACAGUAGUAGUAGUAAUAAUAAUUCUAACAGAAAUCUAUUGCAUCAACAUAGAUUGCAGUCAACAUCAGCAAUAGCAGCAAGAAUUCCAAUUCAAGCAUCCCGUAGAUUUAUAACUCCAACUACUUCUUCUACAAACAGAAAUACACCUUUCGCAUCAGCAUCUAAUCAUGCAAAUCAUCACCAUCAUCAACAUCUUUUCACUAAUAGAAAUAAUAUCAUAGGAAUUCAAAGAAACAAUGACCACCAUGAUACACCAUUUGAAAGAAUGGUUGAAGAACAUAUUUUAGCCCAAGUUAUUGCACGAACCCAACGUCACCAAAUAAUAUUCUUACAGUACUGGAAUCAAUAUUUGGAGGCGAAAACGAAGAUGAAUCCUUUCGAGUUUUUCGAAAAGUAUUCUCAAAAUGGUAUCCCAGAUUGGAUGUUUAAUAUUACAUAUUAUGAGAAUAUCAUGUGUUACUCAGUUACUUUUGGUAUUGUAAUAAUUUACAUAUUUUCAAUCGUACUUUACUUUACUCACAUGACCAAAUUCAUGUUGGACAGAAUCAUUACUAAGAAAAAAAUGACCCUUAAGGAUUCAUUAGACAGAAUCAAAGAAAAAGGAGCGAAAACAGUCAUGUCGAAUCAACCGCAACCAACCACUACCGUUCAAUCAACCAAUGACAUUACACUGGUUCCUAAAAGUGUUGAAAUUGAAUUAGUGGAAAAUGAUCCUGCUAUUUCCGUAACACUUAAUACUAUUGAGAAUUCCACAAUAGGAGACAAGAGAUAUCCCACAUUAACAGUUGAAAACUCAAUAGAAAUUGACAAAAAUCUAGUAGCUCCAGAAUCAACCGGUCAACUCACUACCAUGACUAAUGAUACUUCCUUGACUACAUCUCAACAACAAGGGGGUGGUUCAACUAAUAUUCACAUAUCUUUCAGUGAUGAUACAGAGGAUGACUUAACUUCAAGUGCUAUAACAGAUGCUGAUGAAAUAUUUCUUACUGAUGUAGACACUUUUGGGACAGAAGACAAGGAAAAUGGAUUAGCAACGGAAGGAUAUGAAAACUUUACAGAGAAUACUAAAGCACUGAAAGUAAUGCAAUUUAUAGAAGAGAAGAAGGUUAUUCAAAUAGUAUUUUCUGUUGGAUUGUUUCUAAUUUGGUUUAUCAUUGCUGCUCUAUUAUUAUUGUUUUGGAAGCAGGCGGGCCAAUUUGUUUCUCUUUUUCCUGUUUUUGAGACGAUCCAGGGAGUGUGUACUUCUGAGAAAAGAUCAACCAUUGGGACAUUUUGUCUCUUGUUUGGACUUUUAUUCCCAAUUGUAUUCGUUUUUGUGUAUUCUUUGGAUAUUUAUCAAUCAAUAUCUGAAUAUAGAAUACAAAAGGACACAAUUAAGAGGAAUAGCCGGCAAGAAAAUAUGCCAAACUUUUUCAUAUACUACUUUAUUGACACCGACUUGUUUCUCUACAGGUUAGAAUGCUCAUUGUUAUUUUUAUUUGGUGCUUUGUCUGUUUGCUUAUAUGUCAUAUUUUGGGAUCCAUCAGGAGAUGACAAGAUCAAAGGUUUGAUAUCACAUCUGAUAUCCCUUUUUGGUAUUGAAUUUUUUAUGAUUGUAAUUAUGCCUGGAAUUUCAAUUUUUGCAACAAUUUACAGAACUUGGAAAGAAAAGAAAUUGUUAAACAAACAAGAUGAAAAUUUAGAUCAAAUGACUGUAUUGAAUUUGAAAAGGUUUGCACCUGGUAUUGAAUGUAUAGAUUUUAUUCUAACACAUCCAAUAGAGAGACAGUUGUUUUACAAGUAUUUGACUUCUGAGUUUUCUCAAGAAAAUCUUCUCUUCAUGGAGGAUAUUAUGAGAUUUCAAAGAAUACCUCCCCAAAAACUUAGAUAUAAGAUUAUGAAAUUGAGAGAAAUAAUAACACUCUAUCUCAUUCAGAAUAGUUCUGUAUUCGAGGUCAAUAUUUCUAAAAAAUUGAUUGACUCUGAAAUACAGUCCUACAUUCUUAUUGAGCACAUUCUUCACCAUCACUCAAUUAAAAUGAUCAAUCUUCCAAAAUUUAUCAAGGAAACACCCAAGAUUAACUCAUUCCCUGAACCGCUUCAACAGAACGACACAGACAGAGAAUUACUACUCAAUGCAUUCAAGGAAAUCAAUCAUCCAGAUUUCAUGAAAGGAAUUAUUACAGAAGCUUACUCUAAUUUACUGGAUUCUUAUCUCAGAUUCAUAAGUAGUAGAGUGUGGCUAAUACAUUUGGAGAAAGUGAAACAAUUUGGAAUAUUGUAA